AUGACACGGUUUAUUAGUGCUGACUUUUUGGGCCCCCAACAACGUGUAGGCACUCCCAACGGAUACAAGGCCAGCAUCCUCCUCGAAGAGUUGAAGGAAGCCUACGGGCUGCAGUAUACGACUCAGGGCAUCAACAUUGGCCAGAAUAUUCAAAAGGAGCCUUGGUUUACGGCCAUUAACCCCAACGGCCGCAUUCCUGCCAUUGUCGAUCACGACCACGGCGGCUUGGCCGUGUUUGAGGGCAACGCAAUCUUGUCGUACCUGUCUCGCAGGUAUGAUACGGACCGGCUCCUCUCCUUUGCUCCGGACGAUGAUGAUUAUACACGUGCAGAGUCUUGGAUAGGCUGGCAGCACGGUGGCCUGGGCCCCAUGCAGGGGCAAGCCAACCACUUUGUGAGAGCUGCCAAGGACAAGAUUGCCUACGGAAUGCAGCGCUAUGUUGGUGAAACAGAACGGCUGUACGGCAUCCUCGACGCCCGCCUCAGGGACCGGGACUACGUCGUGGGGCCGGGACGGGGCAAGUAUAGCAUUGCCGACAUUGCUCUCUUGGGGUGGGCCAACGCCCUCGGAGGCACCACCAUUCCCAUCCAUCAAUUCCCGUCUGUCCAAGCAUGGCUGGCGCGUUGUUGGGAGCGUCCGGCCGUGCAGAGGGGGUUUCGGGUCCCUUCUGCGCCGGCGUCGUCGGCCCUCCAGCCCCAGGAAGGCGAGGCUGCCCAGCAGGCAAAGGAGCUCAAGCAAUUGGUUGACGAGGCCAAGAAGCAAUACGGCUAUGUCUACUCGUCGCCAUAA